CUCCUCCUCCUGUUUCUCCCUGCCUGGUGGGAACCUGUAGCUGCUGCUGGGUCCAGGGCCCUUUGUGUAGGAAGCCCCUCGUCCGUGGUCAGCCAGGCGGCUGAAAGAGAAGCUCGCGCCCCCUCUGGGCUGCCCGUCCCCUCGUCAACAUGGCCAUCUCGUCACGACUCGCCCUGUGGGAGCAGAAGAUCAGGGAAGAGGACCGAAGCCCCCCGCUGACCUCCCCGCCUUUGCCUUUCUCCAUCAUUCCUGGGGGCUUCAUCAAGCAGCUCGUGCGGCAGAACGAGAAGGAGUCCAAGGCCCUGAGGCUGAGGGGGGACGUCGCCCCAAAUCCCCAGGAAGAGCCCCUCAGCCAGCCGGUUGCGGUCAAGGAGGCCGACCCCUUGGAAGUGGGGGGUAGCAUGGCCAGCAGCAAGGGGCAGCUGAACGGGGAGAAGCCGGCCGGGGCCGGGAGGGUGGCGCUCCCGGAGAAGAAGACCCUGCCCUUCAGGAUAGGCCCCCCAAGAAGGAACGCCAAGCUCUUUGGGCCCGAUCCGGGCCCGGCUCCUCCGCCCAAGGCCGAAGAGAAGGUGCCCCUGGCCGGAGGCUCCAGAGCGUCCACCGCAGAGGCGAGACAGGGCCCGCAGGACAGGGCAGCCGCGCAGGGCGAGCGCAGUGAGAGCCCCAGGAAGGAGGCAGCGGCGGCGGCCCAAGGAAGGGCCCAAGCAGGCGGGGGGGCCAAAGGGACGGGGAAGAGGAAAGAGGCGGACGGAGAGGAGCUGGGAGGGGAGGGGGAGCGGAAGCGGGAAGAAAGUGCAGGGAGAGCAGGAGACGAGGCCUUGGCAGCUGUCCGGAGGGGGCCCGGAGGGGCCCAGGAGCAGGGAGCCUCUGGAGCAGCGGCCGAGAUAAAGGGGAAAUGCCCGGAAGGAGCGGCGAAAGAAGAAGGACGAGGGGCUCCGGAGGAGAGUCCGGACUCCUGCGAGCAGGUCCCUGAGGACGCCUGGUUUGAAACGGAGAAGAUCUGGCUGGUUCAGAAGGAUCAAUUCGCUCUUGCCACCGAAUUGAAGCCUGACAUGGGCACGCCGGGGCUGCCUCCAGGAAUCGUGCGCGCUCGCCUGGACGCCGAUGGCUCCAUCGUGGAGGUGGCCGAAGGAGAGGUGCAGAAGGCCAAUCCACCCAGCCUGGACUACACUGAGGACCUGGCCGCCCUGGUCAGCCUGAACGAGGCGAGCGUCCUCCACGUUCUUCGCCAGAGGUACCAGUCGCAGCUGCCCUACACCUUCUCUGGCCCUCACUUGGUGGCCCUCAGGCCGGUCCCUUCCACGGCCAGCAGCUCCAGAAAGGCCUUCCAAGGCAGGAGGCACAGGAUGUCUCCACACGUCUUUGCGGUGGCGCAGAGGGCCUACUGGGGCAUGCUGGCGCAGCGGCAGGACCAGGCCAUCGUGGCCCUGGGCAGAAGCAACACGGGGAAGACCACCGCUUGCCAGGACAUCCUGGAGCACCUUGUGGCCACCGCGGGCAGCGUGGACAACCGGGUCACAGUGGAGAAGAUCCAGGCCGUGUUCACCGUGCUCAGAGCCUUUGGCACUGUGUCCGCUGGGCCCAACAGAACCGCCACCCGCUUCUCCAUGGUCCUGGCGCUGGAUUUCAGCGCCUCUGGGCACGUAACUGCUGCUCACCUCCAGACGAUGCUGCUAGAAAGAGCCCGGGUGGCACAGCAGCCCGAGGGAGAGGGCACCUUCAACGUCUUCUCACAGAUGCUGGCAGGGCUGGGCAUGGAGCAGAGGUCCACUCUGCACCUGCACCAGGUGGCAGAGAGCAGCUGCUUUGGCAUCAGAGCCAGCCUGAAGGGGGAAGAGAAGCGGGAGGCUUCGGCUGCCUUUGCACAGCUCCAAGCUGCCCUGGGCACCCUGGGAGUCGAGGCGGCUGAGCAGGAAGCGCUGUGGCGAGUCUUGGCUGGCAUUUAUCACCUGGGGGCUGCUGGUGUCUGCAAAGUGGGCCGGAAACAGUUCCUGAAGUUCGAGUGGGCCAACCGGGCGGCGGACGUCCUGGGCUGCGAGGCGGAGGAGCUUUCCACGGCCGUCUUCAAGCACCACCUGCAGCGCAUCCUGGAGCAGGUCACCGCGGGAGCCCACUUGGAGGAGCCCCCCGACGGCCCCAAGCUGAGCGGGGUGGAGUGCCUGGAGGGCGUGGCGGCCGGCCUCUACGAGGAGCUUUUUGCGGCCGUGGUGAUGCUGGUCAACAGGUCCUUCUCCUCCAGCCAGCUCUCCAUGGCCUCCGUGAUGGUGGUGGACACCCCGGGCUUCCUCAGCCCCCGGCAUCAGAAGAGAAACCGGGCGGCCACCUUUGAGGAGUUCUGCCACAACUACGGGCAGGAGCGGUUGCAGGGGCUCUUCUACAGGGCCAGCCUGGAGUCCGAAGUGGGCAGGUACCAGGAGGAAAACGUGGAGGUGCCGUUUGACCUGCCUGAGCUCUUGCCAGCCUCCACAGUGGCCCUCGUGGAUCAGAACCCGUCCCAGAUGCCUCCCUCUUCCGGGGGGCCCUCGGAGGACCCCCAGGGCCUGCUCUGGAUCCUGGACGAGGAGGCCCUGAUGCAGGGCUCCAGCGACAGCAGAGCCCUCGACCGCCUGUGCUCAGCCUUCGGGAAGGAAGAGCAGGGGGUCCUGCACAGGUGUGAGCAGCCCCUGCAGUUUGAGGUUGCCCACCGGCUGGGCAAGGACCCCGUCCGCUACGAUGCCACCGGCUGGGUGAGCAAGGCCAAGUGGAACCUCUCUGUGCAAAACGCCAUCCAGCUCCUGCAGCAGUCCAAGAUAGGGGCCCUGAGGAAGGUCUUCCUGCCACGCGCCCAGGUGCCUCUGCUUUGCCGCUCUGUGGCGGGCUGGGAGGGCCACUCCCAGCAGGCCCUGAAGCGCAGCGGCUGCCUCCGGAAGACCUUCAGCGGCAGCUUCGCCACCUUGAGGAGGAGGUCGGUGUGCGCCCAGAUCAAGCUGCAGCUGGACGCUCUCAGCAAUCUGGUCAAGCGCUCUCAGAUCCACUUCCUCCAUUGCCUUGACCCGGGGACCCCAGAAGUGCCUUGGCCGCCCACGGAGGCCUCAGAAGCCACCCCAGGACCGGCGUGGGACGUUCCCGCCCUGCGUGCCCAGCUCUCCGGCAGCCUGAUCCUGGAGGCCUUGCGGCUCCACAGAAUUGGCUAUGCGGAUCGCAUGGAGCUGACCCAGUUCCGGCGGCGCUUCCAGGGCUUGGCUCAGCCGGAGAUGAAGAAGUUCACCUCGGCCUACGAGCUGCCGGACGAGAAGAAGGCUCUGGAGGAGCUCUUCCGGGCCCUCGAUUUGGAGAAGAAGAGCGUUGCGCUGGGCCGCACUCAGGUCUUCCUGAAGGCUGGCGUCCUUCCGCGGCUGGAGAAGCAGCGAGAGAAACUGGUCUCCCAGGGCCUGGUCCCGCUCCAGGCGGCCUGCAGGGGCUUCCUCUCCCGCCAGAGGUUCAGGAAGUUGAAGAUCCAGAGCCUGGCUGCCCGAUGCAUCCAGAAGAACCUGGCCGUCUACCGAGCCGUGAAGAGCUGGCCGUGGUGGCAGCUGAUGUGUGGCAUCCGACCACUCCUGACCAUCAGCCUGGCAGAAAGCCAGCUCCAAGUCAAGGAGGAGGAACUUGCAAGGCUCCAAAAGAAGUUGGAAAAUUCAGAAAUUUCCCGCCAGGAGUUCCGGCAGAGCACCGAAUUGCUGGAAACCAAGGUCAUAGACCUGACGGCGGAAUUGUCGGACGAACGCUUGAAAGGAGACGUCGCCUGUCAGGCGCUGGAUGUAGAACGUGCCGAGAGGCUGCGGGCAGCGAAAGAGGCCAGAGAGCUGCAGGCCAAGCAGCUGCAGCUUCAGAAGCGGCUGGAGGAGGCCGAGAAGCAGCUGGGGGAAACGCAGCAGCAGCUUCAGCUCCGAGAGAUCGAGGCCAAGAGCUCUGGGAAAGGGCACGAGUGGCAGAUGCGCCUGGACUGCGCAGAGACCGAGGCCGCCUUUCUGCGGAAAAGGAUCGCCCAGCUGGAGGAGAGGCUGGAGUGGGAGCAGCAGUCCAAAGUGGACAUGGAGCAAAAGCUCAGCCAGGCCCAGCAACUGUACGAGGAGGCCAGGCGGUCAGCCCAGCAACUGAAGCGGAAGUGCCAGCAGCUGACCUGCGAGCUGGAGGACACGCGGGUGCUGAUGGAGAACCAGCAGAGCCGCAACCACGAGCUGGAGAAGAAGCAGAAGAAGUUCGACCUGCAGCUGGCCCAGGCACUGGGAGCGUCGGCCUUUGAGAAGAGCCUCCGUGAGAAAGUGGCGCAGGAGAACUCCAGCCUCCAGCUCCAGCUGGGCAGCCUGCGGCAGAGGCUGGAGCAAAAGGAGCUGGAAAACGAGGGCCUGGGCCAGCGGGUCGCAACGCUCAGCUGCCAAGUGGAGGAGCUCAGCAACUCUGCCAGCCUGGACGCCCCAGCCGCCCUGCAGAAGAAGCUGUGGGACCUCGAAUCCAGGACCCGGGAGCAGCAGCAGGAGCUGAGCCAGCGGGCCAGGGCUGUGGAGCAGCUGGAGCAGCUCCACCUGAGGCUGGAGCUGGAGAUCGAGCGGACGAAGCAAAUUCACCAGAAGAAGCUGGAAGACAAGGAGGAGGAGCUGGAGGACACCCGCCAGUCCUGCCAGAAGCGGCUUCGCCAGCUGGAGAUGCAGUGUGAACAGGAGUGUGACGAGAAGCAGAGCCUCCUGCGCGAGAAGCGGGAUCUGGAGGGCCUGGUUGCCACCCUCUGUGAGCAGAUCGGCCACCGGGACUUUGACGUGGAGAAGCGACUCCGCCGCGACCUGAAAAGGACCCACGCCUUGCUGGCAGAUGUCCAGCUGCUGCUGGAGACCUCUGGGGCAGACCCGGGUCCGCCAGGGAGCCAGGAGGAGUGGGCCCAGCUUCGCAGGCAGUGGGAAGAGAGCGCCGCCAGGUGUGCCGAAGCCCAGGAGUCUCAGAAGAUGCUGUCCCUCGAGGUGGAGAAUUUGCACUCAGAGCUGGAGACAGCCACCAGGAACAAGCACUUGGUGGACGAGCAGCUGUACCAGCUGCAGCACGAGAAGGCCGACCUGCUCAAGCGCUUCGAGGAGGACCAGGAGGACCUGAACGAGCUGAUGGCGAAGCACAAGGCUCUGAUCGCACAGUCGGCCACAGACAUCGCCCAGAUCCGAGAACUGCAGGGGCAGCUGGAGGAGCUGAAGAAGGAGAAGUGGGUCCUGCAGGAGAGACUGCAGGCGGCCCAGGCCAGGCUGGCCCACCUGGAGCAGGCGACGGUGGAGCGCUCGAUCGUCAGUCGCCAGGAAGCCCUGAUCUGCGACCUGGAGAGCAAGAUGGAGUUCCAGAGCGUCCAGAUCAAGCGGUUCGAGGUGCUGGUGCUCCGUCUGCGGGACAGCGUGGUCAGGAUGGGGGAGGAGCUGGAGAAGGCGAAGGAGAGCGAGGCGCGCGAGAGGGAGAACGUCCACUACUACCGGCUGCGGCUGGAGGAGAUGAAGGCUGACCGGAGCGAGUUGGCCCAGAGGGAGCUGGAGGCCAGUCGCAGGCGGGUGGAUCUGGAGAAGCAAGUGGACGAGCUCUUGGCGGUCAGGCAGACUUUGCAGGCAGACCUGGAGACCUCGAUCCGGCGUAUUGCAGACUUGCAGGUGGCUCUGGAAGAGGUGCAGUCGAGCGAUGAGAGCGAGACGGAGAGCGUCCAGACGGCCCAGGAUUCCCUCGCUACCCGGCAGGAGACUGAGAGUCAGAUGAGCCUGGCUUCGACUUCGUCACUGAGCUUACAUCUGGAGUCUGAAGGAAGCGUCCGGUCAUGGCUGGAGACGGGGUCAGGCUGGACGUCCCCAUCAGCUCCCAGUCUGGCUGGAAGCAGCUCUCAGCUGUCGCUGGAUGGCCGGAGCCUCCCGAGCCUGAGGGUGAACACAGACCAGGGGAAAAGCUGGCAGCCGAUGGCGUGGCCGAGUGCGGAAAGGAAGGACUACGGAGGAGGAGGCCCGGAAGGCCCUUCCGCUGGAUCUCUGAGGCGGGACUACGGGAGGCCCAAAGAGGGACCCGGCAGCCCCCCCCAAGUCAGAGGGCCGGAGGCCCAUGUCCUCUUCUGCCGCAGCCGAGGAGAACGUCCUUCGCCUCCACCCGCCAGCAGGGGCCUCUCUCCUUUGGCCGAGGAGAAGAUGUGGCCCUCGUCUUCUGCGCUCUCCAAGUACGUGGAGGAGCUGCGGAGGAAGCGGCUGACAGACAAGGAGCCUCUGGAGGAGGCCGCCUCCUCCUCCUCCUCCUCCUUGCCCAUCUACCAAACGGCCGGGGCUCCCGUCCUACGGAGAUGCAGGACCCUGAAGGACCACGAAGACUUUCCCAUCCGCCUGGGUGGCCUUGGGGCAGAGCCCGGAGUUGACCUGCUUCGCUCCUCCAGUUUGAGGAGCCUCUCAUCGGAUUGUGGGGUGCGGCCAUCCCUCUCCCCGGUCCUGAAAGGGGCCUCCAGGUUUGGCUCCUAUGACUCCCUGGUGCAGAACCCAGCCGACCCCAGCGCCAAAGUGGCCUCUCCAAUCCUGGGCGGAGACGUGCUGAGCCCAUCGCAGCCAGGGCCGUGGAGGAGCUGCCUGGAGCCCCCCUUGGAAGGGGGCCUGGAUUUCGGGAAGGAACCACUGGCGCUCCAAAGCAAGAGGCUGGCGGAGAUCGCGGGGGAAGGGAAGGAUCCCUUUUCUUGGAAAAUACCAACCCUGAGUUAUGAGCGGAAAACCAACCCUGACUUGGAUGACUUCCUGCCGGCCAUCCGGAAGGCUCACUCCACCAGCAGCCUGUCCAGAGGCCCCAAGGAGAGGAAGGACGGGCAGCGGCCCCUCAGCGUCCAUUUUGAAGACCAGGCCGCCCCGCCUCAGCGCACUUUCUUGUCUGAGAUGAAGACCGUUUUGUCCCCACAGCCGAAAGCGAAGGAGGAGCCCGGCCACCUCUCCGACUCCUCCGACUCCUCUUCCGGCUCCGUGGGCUCCUCCAAGAGCGCCGACAGUGUCAAGUGCCGGCCCCCGGUCCCACGGCAGGAAGGGGAAGGGUGUGUGGGCAGAGGAAGCUCGGAAGGGCUGAAGGUCCACCCACGGUCCGAGGCGGAAGGGAGAGAAGACGACGUGACCAGCAUCAUGAUGAAGUACCUGGGAAAAGAGUAAGGGCUUCAGCAGCAGCAUGGAAAACAGAUCUGCAAGCAGGUUUUCUUCUGUGGACGAUGGCUCUUCCCCCACCGGAGCUGCCGGAGCCCUAAUGCACAACCACUGGGGGUGGGGGUGGGGGUGGGGGGCGUGUCUUGGUGUGAAAGAGACAGGUGUGCAGCCGCCAGGAGCCGAGGGGGGCAGCUCUCUUGGAC